AUGGUUGUUGAAACUCGUAGACAGUAUGGCAAGAAGGUGAUAGCAGCGAAAUGGAAUGAUAUAGAGUCUGCCGAAAAUGUCUCCAUCGACAUCUUAUCCCGAUUGUCCGUACGAGACAUCCGGUCUUUAAAGACAGUAAGUCACAGAUCUAUUAGCACUAAAUAUUUUGCUCAACAACAGAUUACACACUCCAGGAAGAAGCCCUCAUACAUUUCUUGUCCAGGGAUGGAUAAGACCAUGGAUUUGUUCUUGUUGAGACCAGGAAGUCUCAAACUUAUGAACUUAACUAGUCUUAAUCCUCCUGAGAAAGGUGACAACGGAGACUUGUACAUGAUAUCGUCCUUCAACGGACUUAUAUGUUGUAUAUACCGCAUCUAUGACAAAACCGUAGGAAGCAAGUUUCGUGACCUGCAGAUCUGGAUAUGCAACCCCUCUACAGGGGAAACUCUCCCCCUUCCCCAAGGGACACCUUCCUUUGGGGUUGAGCCAAGUGUUGGAGUAGCUUAUGGCUCAGACAUUAGUGAUUAUAGAGUAUUCAGAAUAUUCUGCGUUUCAAAGAAAGUAUCUGAAGCGAUGGAAUCAAUGAAUGUGAGGUGUAUUUGUCCACUACAGGUGCUUGGAAGAACAUCGGGCCCUUGCCUUGUGUUCCAAUGCGAGCAGAUUUAUCUCCUUACAAUUCUAGCUAUGUAUUUGUUAGACAAAAGGCAAUGGUGGGGUGGAGCUGUUGAAGGAACAUGA